CAUCAUCACUAUCAUCACCACCAUCAUCCUCACCAUAAUCAUUAAGAUGAUCUUCAACAGCACUGAGUCCUGGCUUUUCAUCAAUACUUCAUUUCCCAUCCUGCCUGUAAUAUCCAGUCCCAGUAACAGAAGUGGUAUGGAAGGAUAUCUUCAAAGACUGGCUCAUUUGGAUGAGGGGCUCUACAAUGACUUUUACGGCCUUUGGAUUGCACUGAUGGUUAUAAACUCUCUCAUAUUCCUGGUGGGCAUGGUGCUUAACAUAGUCGCACUUUAUGUUUUCUGUUUCCGCACCAAGCAAAAGACCACGUCAGUGAUCUACACCAUCAACUUGGCGGUGACGGACCUCUUGGUGAACCUCUCUCUGCCAACUCGUAUCCUGCUCUAUUACAGUGGAGGAGCGUGUCUCACCUGCUCCUACAUGCACAUCUUCAGCUACUUUGUCAACAUGUACUGCAGCAUCUUGUUUCUGACCUGCAUUUGUGUCGACCGUUACCUCGCCAUCGUGCAGGUUGAAGCUUCCCGUCGGUGGAGGAACUCCAGUGUGGCCAAAUGUGUGUGCGUCUCUGUCUGGCUGUUUGCCAUUGUGGUCACCUACUCCUUCCUCUCCACUGCUUUCCAGCACGCGGGCUGCUGCCUCUCAAAGCUCCUCUUUCUUACCAUCACUGAGUUUUUUCUACCCCUCAUCAUCAUAGUGGUCUUCACAUUACGGAUUAUGUGGGCACUAGCUGACCGCCGUCUGAUGCAGCAAAGCAGGGAGAGGAGACAGAGGGCUGUCCAGCUGCUGACCACAGUGCUGGUCAUCUUCACCAUCUGCUUUACACCUUUCCACAUCAGACAGGUGGUGGUGUACUUCUACCCUGAUAUGCCUCAUCAUGUGAUAGUCUACCACUUGACUGUCACUCUCAGCAGUUUGAAUAGCUGUAUGGAUCCUGUCGUCUACUGCUUUGUUACAAAUAAUUUCAAGGCCACUGUGAGAAAUAUUUUCCGUCGUACAGAGCCCGAGCAGACGAGUGGUGACAUCAUCAGCAUGCAGCACAGCUCCAAGGCCUCAGGAGGGACUGCCAACGCUGUCACUAAUAAUGUGAUCAUGAUGACCAAAAUUCACACUGCACAGAGACAUAUCGGGGGAAAACCACAAACUUUAAAUCCCCCUUCACAUGGAGUGAAGAGAAGUGAAAGUUAAUUAGUGAUCACAGUCACCUGGGGAAAGGUGGCUGAUGUUUCUGCACUGCAACAUGCUGAGCAGUGAUAACAGCAUCAGUGUAUAAUGGCACAGUGCUAAGCGCUCAGGAUCAACUGCCAAUGCUGUUAUAAUAAUAUGGACCAACCAGUUCACAUAAAAUGUGGUAUGCCACAGCCGAGCAUAUUCAGCAACCUUUUAAAUCAGUUAAAACACUGACAAGAGACCAUUUCAGUCUGCAGCCAAACCUUCCCAUGACUUUGGACCUGUGACUUCAAAAAUACAACUGAGUACAAAACUGAUUUAUAUGUAUUAUUACUUCAGUCAUACAAGUGACAAAUAUCAUAAAAGAAAGUUGUUUAACACUCAAAUUUGAUGUACUGUAUACUAUCCACAUUAAAUAUAUUUUACCUUUAGAGAGUACUUGAGCAAGGAAUAUUUACUGUGCCCAAAUACAUUUCUCUGAAUUAAUUAAUUUUUAAAAACUGAAAUAGCAAAAGAACUGCAGCAAAGCUGAUGACUCCGGUUUUGAUUUUUGGUAACAUAACAGAGAGAGUCUAAACAGUUGCACUACAUUCUAAAGUUUCUUUUAUGAUCCCUAAAUAGAUCCUCUAUAGCUGAGAGUGAGCACAAUUGCCACUGCAAAAGGAUCACUGAUAGCUGUGACUUCUUUGCAGAAAAUCUUAAAAUCUUUGGAGAGAAGUGUUGGCAUUAACAAAAGAAGAUAUUGAUGACCAGCCUGAUACCUGUCUUUGACCACUGCAUCCUUUUCAUAACAGCGAGACAUGUAAUGUCAAACAGACUUGGAUCAACUUCUUACUGUAAUGCCUGAUUAAGUGUAAACAUAAGAGAACUUAACAUCAUACAAUUACAUAAUGUAAGACGGACCACAUAUGUAUCUGUUUCCCACAUGCAAGGAUAGAAGUGUUUUCUGUCUGGAUUGCAUUGUGACCACUUCAGAAGAUCCACUCCAAGAAAAUGUUUGGGAAUGAUAACCACUUUUGUGCAGCAGAGGGCAACAUUGCACUCCCUUUCAAGGACCAUUACAGUAACAGACCAAAGACAAUUUUAUCACUCAGAAAGAAACUGCUUGGUUGGUUUCUAUUUGUUUUAUUGAACCUCUCUUUGCAGGGAGACAUGUCACAUAUUGGGGAAAUUACAGGGGGAUGGGGAAUAAAGGUGUGUUCAUGCCA